CCAUACAUUUGUCUUUCAGAUUAUUUCAGAAGUGAGGAGCCUACUUGUUGAGAAGUUGGGAAAUUGCAGUCAUGAAUUGUGUCAACUGAUGUAUAUCCGUGGGUUGAAAAAUUUACGAUUGGCAGACACAAUGGACGUUUUGCUUAAAUUUGCUGAAGGAGACGCUCGUAAACCAGCCAUUUAUGCUACACGGGCUCUUCAAACAAUGCCUGAUUCUUACAUAACCAAAGAGAUUUACGGUAAGCUGGAGAGAAUUUUCCUCGAGCUGCGUCACCCGCAUGACUCAAGUGUUAGAGCCAUGGCAGCAGAUAUUCUUCUUCGACAUAAGCCUAGUGAGGAACUUUUGCGAGUAAUUCUUCAAAUGAUGGCCACGCAAGAUUCCAAAGAACUCAAUACUCUACUCUUGGGUAGAUUGCGAGAUUUAUCUGAAAGCAAUAAAUAUUUACAGCAGGUGCUGAAGAGAAUUUUGAAAGAUCCAGAAUAUAAUAAUUAUCACAUAUUGGGUCAAAAUGGGCUCUCGUCAGCAUUCUCACGAUUGCUGUAUCAAGACAAAAGUGCCAAUUCUUCCUUCAGUAACAUGCUGGAAAUUGAUGGGGGUCUUCUUAAGAGAUCUACAGUUGAUGUUUAUGUGGAGAGCCAAGAUGCUCAAAUGCGGCUGCUAUCAUUUGGAAUCUUUGCUGGUGGUCUUGGUGUGUUUGGUGGUGAAGAUGCUGUGGACGAUGGAGAGGAUGCCAAUGCUGGUAUUGAGAUAACUCUCAUGGAUACCCAGCUGCGUCCAUUUGUAUUUUUCUCUGGCCAGGGUGAGCUAAUGGGGCACGUUUGGUCUGGAACAGGUUCGGAGAGAACAACUGCUCUUCAGGGUUCACUACUGCUACAAGAUCACCUGCAGACUGUGCCAUUGCAGAAUGGUUUAAAUGCAGAGCUAAUUCUCAAUGGUGCCAUUUCGUAUGAUUUUUCAGGCCAGAUCCAAGUGUCCCUGUGGAACCGAAAUGCUCAUAGCUUAGUGGAAAUUGGAGCAGCCAUGGUAAUACAGGGAGUAGCACGUGUUGAUACUUCAUUUGUACAGACACUAAUAGAGUUCAACACCGGAGCACAAACGCAGCUCAACUUUAUUUCUGACCUUGAGUUUUAUGAUGAGGUUGCCAUGUGCCUGCAGAUGGUGCAGCCCAACUUCGAGGUGGUAAACAAUGUACGCAAACUGGAACGAAUCCCCGGGAGUAAUUAUGUACUCAAAAAGUAUAAGAGAAAAUUAUCUCCUGUGCCAGGAAAAACUUUUGUAAUGAAUAAGAAAAAUACAGAACUUUGCAGCAAGAUGUUCAGAGAGUAAGUUUUAACUUAACAGUAAAUUUAUUAAUAUUGCUUAUAAAUUAAGAAUUGUUGAUGCACUGUUAUAUAAAAUUAUAUUUUGUUUUUUGUUAGUUUAUAACAAUUCCAAUACAAUGUGAUAUUUCUUAUUAAGAGUCCUUAUUUUAAAAUAGAGAAAUGAGCAAUACCAAUUCUCAGUGAUUUGGGUUAAGUUAACCCCAGAAGAGUAACAUUUAACUUGGUAGAGGACUUAAUUGUUUUGAGACCACUAAAUAUAUUAAGACUAAUGAAUGUGUGGUGACCAAACCAUUCACUGAAGGCUGAAGUACCUUGUGAAUGUCUUGCACUCAAUUUGUGUUCAUUAUCAUUUUUUCCUGUGAUAUGCAAUUUAAACUGCUUGAUACAUACCUUGACUAUGAUGUUAUUUGUACAAGAUUUAUAAUUUUAUUUUAUUUUAUUCAAUGUUGGUUUCUAUAUUUGUUUUCCUUCUGUAGCAAAGGAUAUGGCAAAUUAUAUUUGGGUAAAAAUUUGUUACGAGCAUUACUGAAUUAAUUUUAGAAAUAACAUUAACCAAAUAUUCAGCUGUAGUUUAAUUGUAUGUCUUCUGCUGUUGAUAUUAUCAAUUUCUGUAUAAUGACCAAUAAUAAUAACUGAUUUAGAACCAAAUAUUUAAGACAUUAAUGACCAUAAUGAACUUGUAUAUGUAAAGGCAUUUUUACUAUUUAUUUUAAAGUGUUUUACAUAUGUAGAUUGUACGAGUUAGUAUUUUGUUCUAUGUAAUUCUAGAAUACUAAGGGAAUGCAUUGGUUAUGAAGAGCAUCUUAGCACAUUUGUUAAAAGGUUGUUAGUCAUUAACUUGUUAUUCGGCAACCAUGGAAACUAAGGAUCACAAGACUCCAAGAAAGCGAGUUAUCAUGUAAGCACUUAAAAUCUUCCACCUUCAAAUGUUUUUAAAUGCAUAAGUGUUAUGAAAUUAAAAAAUUCUAAAUUUGCAUUAAAUAUGAAUGUGUAUUUUUGAGCGGGUGGAUGAGUAGGAGGACAGGAUAGUGAUACAUGUAUUAUAGUUCAGUUUUCAUCUGGAAUAACACGACUUGUGCAAAACUUGUAGUUUGGCUGGAUUUAUUUAAUUUUAAUACAAGCGAUUUGAUGUGUUCAUGAACGUCACGUUCAGAAAAUCUUGUAAUGCUUUGCAUCUGCACUUUAGCGCUACAGCCAGUGAGGAAGAGAAAAGGGGGAUAAUAAUUGACAGACAAUAAUUGCAUUCUGCACAUAAAAUUUUAUUGACGACAGCAUAUACAUAAAGGGAUUAAUCGUUUGCAUUAACCCCUUGGUUGGGCACCUGUUUAUAUGGUGUAACACCCAGCUGCACAAAAAUAUAAAAAUGGUAAAAAAAAAAUUCCUUGCAAUACUGUUAAAAUGCAUUCCCUUGUAACAGGAAAAAUAUUAAGAAUUGUAUAUGAUUGACUUUGGCCAUGGCUAAGUCUGGAAGUCUUGCGAUGACACCAUAAUUCAUGAGCUUUCAUCGAGCAAUCGGCCAGGGCGAUCAGGCCGAGCCAGCAACGAGGCGGGAGUUGCCACGAAGAUAUUUUUUACAUAUUCCAUUUUUUUCAGUAUGUUAUUCAAUUGUGUUUCUUUUGAUAAAUUUAUGUAAUAAAAUGUGUGGAACAUCGGAAUGCUCAAAUAUAUUUAUAUUACUAAGAUGUUCACUAUAUUAUUUGCUUUGGACAAUAAAACAUUGUUUUUGGUGCUAUUAUACUGCAUACAUAUUUUAUACAUAACUAUGUACAUUUUGAUGCAUGAUUACGAACCACUAAGCCAUUCUGGUGGGUGUGGUAAUCUCAUAAAAUGCGGUCAAAGCUCAACCUAGUUCUGCACAUUUUGUGUGUAAUUUCAACUGGAUGCAUUGAAUAUAUAAUAUUUUCUCAGUAUUUCUAAUGUUUUACCAUGGUUCUUCAAGACCAAUGAUACAAUGGGCUAUCAGUAAUGUUAUUUAUAUCACAGAAAAUGUUGAUCAUAGAUAUAUACUCAGAUAUACAUUAUUGUCUGUACUAUAAUACUAUUUGCAUUGAACAAUAAAACAUUUUCUUUUUGCUGUUAUUACACUGUAUACACACUUUAUAUAUAACUAUAUGCAUUGUCAUACACAAUUCUGAACCACUAAAUUUGUCUAGUGAGUAUGGUAAUGACCAAAGACAGCACACACUACUGCCAGACUAUCCCAGCAGAUGAUGCAAUAUGAUGAAGCAGAAUGUGUCAUUAUACGCAUCAUACAUUACUAAUGCUAGGCACAUUGUUUUGUUGCUAUUAUUCGCCCUCUGAUUAUUCCGCACAUUUAAUGGUGCUACAUAGCCUUCCCAGUUUGGUGCCUUCUUUUGAUAAUUACUUAAGGCAAUUGAUAAUUACUUGUUGCUAUUAUUAUCAGCUGUUUAUAAUCUCUCUCUAAUUUUUAAGUGCUGCUGUGGAUAAAAGCUAGACAGUGGUGCAGUUAGAACCAACCAUUCUGCAUGUUGGAUGGUUGUUCGGAUGGUUGAUGGUUGUUCGCCUUGGUUGUUCACUCAAUACUGAGGCCUUCACACCCAGGAACAAUGUCCAAAAUUUUUUGUUCAAUACGGUGUCUGUUUACUGGAGGCCCGAGAAAGCCAAUGUGAGCCUCUGUGUACCUGCGGGUGUUUUAAAAUCUUUUGUUGUACCCUUAUAUGCCACCUGUUGGGAUGCAUAGUUUGGCCAUAAUUAGCCACACCACCUGUUGGGAUGCUCAGGUGAAGGUUUAAGAAUAUAACUAACAUAAUAGACACAUACAGAUAAGACACAGGAAGUCAGAGAUUAAAGCACAGGCAAGUAAAGGAAGGAAGGAAGGUGUCAAGAGACCUUAAAUUCAAUGGAUGACAGAUAGGAGGAAAGAGUGACAACAUACCAGGAAGUCUCAGCACAUAUGAGUUUAUAGUUUGCUUUUGAAAAGAGUAUAGUUGGUUGAUUCCUAUAGGCUUAGAUUAUAUUGCAGGCUGGUAGCUAUACACGCAGGUGUCUUGUAUGCUCAGUACCCCAUCCCUCAAUCAGCUGUGAUAAUUUUUAAUUCUACUGUUAUGAGCAUAGCGCCCUCAUAACAGUUAGUCUAUAGAUGGUGUAUUUGUAACUGUAUCAACAUUGUGAGCUGCAUUGCAUCAGCAAUAUCAACUCAUGAUAUGUCCUUAUACCAUGCUUGUUCAUAUUUAACUUGAUCUGUCAUUCACACGUUGGCUCUAGUUAAACGAGUUAGAACAGAGCUCAAAUUUUGUACUGUCUUCACAUGAUGGAUUCUAAAAUCACACAGAAUUUAGAAGUCUUGUUUUCUCUGAGCUGUGUGGCUAAAUGAGAUUGGACUAAUGUUUAAGUAACUUUAAACAUUGUUAUGAUGGUAUAGUACAUCAUGUAACCCUCAAUUAUAACAGUGAUCCAUCCUUAAAACAGAUUUAUAUUACUAAUAAUAAUAAUAAUAAUAAUAAUAAAUAAAUGCUGUGUAAAUUUAUUGUACUAUAAUUUUGUCAAAACUUAAAAAAUCUUUAAAUACUAAGUGGCAACAAGAAACAGUAGAGUAAUAACUACAUUUUGCCUUGAUUAGCUCGGUAAUAGUUCAGUGAACCAGAUUUGAGGGAAAUUUUACAAAUAUUUUCAAUUACAUUUCUGUUAAAUAUUUGUGAUUGAAACAAGUUUUCAUUAUAUAUAUCAAGUACAUAUAAUAACUUUGAGUAACUGGGAUCAUUAGUGGUAAUGUGUCACGAUGAGAUCCACUUGUGCCAAUACGCACUCUUACGUAUAUAUACAGGAAAAUCAUGUACAGUAUAUAGAAAGAAACUUUGUAUAUAAAAUAUAUUUUCUAUCAGGGAGUCAGAAAAUGAAAGCAGAAUUACUGCUUCAUUUUCUUAGUGGUUAGCUUAAUAAUUUGUUGUAAUAUUGUUCCUUUUCCUAUUUUAUAAAUAAAGGACUUGUAAAA